ACGCAGCAUCGAUCGGCUUGAAUGACUCGUCUUAGAAACGGACUGAACCAAAAAAGUUACUCACUAUUUUUCCCAAACUAUGACUAAAUCACUUGUAUUUAAACAUUCAUAAUCCUGUCGUGAGAUUUACACAGGAAUGUAAUAAUAUAUUACGACUAUAUAGCCCAAUAAUUCUCACUGCACCCUGUUUUAUAAUGGUUCGUCCGGGAAGACCGUUACACGGGCCGAAUUCCGACUGUCACCACGCUCCCUAUACAGGUGUCGCAUGAAACAAUGGCUUCUACGUCACUACGUCACUACGUAGUGCCCUACAUGAACAGCGAAGGAAGCUUUUGGUAUUGAGCCUGUGCGUCCGCGUGUGUUUAGGGAAGUAAAGCUCAGCAGCAAUCAGAACGCUGGGGGGGGGGGAAUCAUCAUCAUCACGUAGUUGUGAUUUUACAAACGCUGCCCGUUGUUGCUAGGCAACAACUUUUUAAAAAUAUUCCAACCCGGAAGUACAUCUCAGAUGUUAUUCAGUGUAAUCGUCAGCGCUCUUAAGCUCAUCUAGAGCAAGUUUGCAGUCAGUAAGCAUCCAUCUCAUACAGUGAUUCCUCCUUCAGCUGUGAAGAUCGGGCUGAGAUGUCGGAUUUCCUGUCCUGGGGUGUCAUUGGGUUCUUCUCGCUGGCUCUCCUGCUCUUAACCAUCUCGGUGUAUGUGAUGUAUUCCGGCCUGCUGACGGAGAUCCACAUCAGCACGGGCUCCUCUCCUGUGAAGAGCAUCACUGUAGCGUAUAAAUACAGAGAAGGUCCUUAUAAAGAGUCCGGGCUGCUGUUUGAGGAGAGCUGCAGAAUUGCACCUGAGCUGCCCACUGUCGGUGUCUUCUAUGAUGAUCCAAAGAAGGUGCCUGGUCCGAAGUGUCGCUGUGCCGUGGGCAGUAUCUUGAGCGAGGGCGAUCAGAAACCCAGCGCAGAACUCCAGGAGCUCUACGAGAAGUUUGGCUUUCAUAUCUUCACGUUCCCCGAGGUCACCCACGUGGUCUCAUCUUGCUUCCCCUACAGAACCCGACUCUCCAUCAUCCUGGGAGUACGCCGAGUUUACCCACAGCUCGACUGCUAUAUUAAGGACAGGAAGCUGUGUGCUCACCCCUUCCUCGAGAUCUACAGGAGUCGGUUAAUCUACUACAUGAGUCCUCUGGCCAAGCAGGGAGGUUUCUACGUGCCCGAAGUCCAGAAAGCCCCGAAAAGACAACAGGAACACGAGGAGUCUGAGGAGGACAGGAGGACUGACAUCACCGGUGCAGACUCUCACAGCGAUUGCAGCUCGGUCAGCUGCCUGCUCCAGUCCCACAGCAGAGACACAUCUCCAGCUCUGUCGCUCUCUCCGUCCGACCUGUACCACCAGCGCAGGGGCUCGGGCUCUGACUCUGACUCGGGCAGCCGGAGGAGUAGAAGGAGCUCCAGCUUUUCAUCCUUCGAGGACCUCCAGCUGGAAGCGGAGAAAGGCGUAACAUCCGAUGGCCCGGAGGACGCUAAAAUCAGCUCUCGGCAUCGAGGCCUGGUGGUGGAAGGAGAGGAGUGAUGUCUGUAAAUGGAAAGCAAAUCUUUCGAAGACGAAGAGGCCCGUUCGUGUGUUGGCUUUUACAACGACGUGGAUGUUCUAACUGUAAAGAGAAUUGUAUUAGCAGGUCUUCUAUUCUACCACAGCACUGUCGUUUUCCAUUCUGACCGGUCAGAAGGUGUCGAUUUAGUUUUCUAUAACAGCAGCUCUGACAGGUGCUCUGACACAGGCACACUCUAAGGCUAAUAAUAAAUGGAUCAAAUGAACGUGGUGUUUAAAAAAGACAAACGGAUAAACAUUUACGGGAAAAAAAUUU